AUCCUUGUAGUGUUCAGAUUGAACGGCUACGAUUGAAGUUUGAGUGUUCUACUGCUAAAUGCUGGUUCGGAAGCUUCUGCUUCUUCUGCUCUCUCUCUCUCUCUCUACUGAAACGAAAAAAAUCUCAGAAAAUCUCUGCUUGUUUGGUGGGAAGAUGGCGCCGGUUGAAGAUGAUAAGGAAAACAAGGCGGAGCAACCUGUGAUUCAGGUUCUGAGCGACGACGACGACGACAGUGAAGUCGAGGAAACCAAAGAGGACGGAGGAGAAAAAGGUACCGCAGACGACGAUGAAGACAAUGAAGCUGAAGACGAAGACGAUGAUGACGAAGACGAUGAAGAUGAUGAGGAAGACGACGACGAUGAAGAAGAGGAGGAGGAGGAUCUUGGGACAGAGUACUUAGUGAGGCCAGUUGUUGAGGUUGAAGAUGAGGAUGACGCAAGUGAUUUUGAGCCUGAGGAGAAUGUCGUUGAAGAAGAUGUUGAUGAAGAGAUUGAAGAAGAUGAUGUUGAUGAGGACAUCAGCUUGAGUGCUGGCAAAUCUGAGCCUCUGCCCAAGAGGAAGAGGAUUGCUAAGGAGCACAGUGGUGAGCUAGGAGAUGUCACUGGUGAUGACAUUAGGCCUUGUAAACGUUAGUUUUAACUUUCGAACUGACCUCAUCAAAUCCAAGAAACAAGAAGAAGUCGGAGAUGGAUUAAAAAAUUCACAGUGUUUGAAUCAUCUGUUGGGUUGAUGUAGUUUUUUAAUUUAGUGGUAGUGUUUGUUUAGAGCUUAAUGGAUUGUUGUUUCUUAAUCUUUCUCGAGACAGCUUCAAACAAGUUGAGUAUUCUACGCUUUUCUUUAUAAACGUUGGAAGAAUUUGGUUUCUUUACU